AUGGAACCGUCCACUUCGCGUGUUGGGGUUGGCAGAGGGCAACCUAUCGUCGGUUCCAAAGAGAUUCAGAACAAUGCGAAGCGCGCUGCUGGAUUCAAAGGUGAAGUCGUGCUGGGCACGACACUCCGCCGAGCGCACACUGUUACACAAGGGACUUCCCUCACCAAGAGAAACCAUCAUCAUCCUGUCGCGGGUAGGUCGGGUCGCGAUCGCACCGUCACGUCGCUACUGCGCGUCAAGGACAGCCACGAAUUGCUUCGUCAGCGCCCUCUCCCCGAUGCUGCAAAAUCUCCUCCACGCGAACGAGAAGCAAAACAUUUUACUGUUGGAAAUGUCGGUCACAACGGAAGGAUUUAUCUCAGGCCGGUUGAAAACCAUCCACAGAACGAUCUCCGCCCUCAGCCUUUCUCUCCCGUUAGCCCCCAAUCCAAAGACCAUAAUUUGUCACCGCUAUCGCAAGACCGCAAGCACGAUGAUCCGUCACGAUGGUCGAAUUCCCAGCUGUCCGAAUUGCGUCCCAGCCUGCUCCCAGAAGACACCGGUGACGACGAUGCAAAGUCGAUCCUCUCCGCGUCCGACGUGCGUUCCCUUCGACGCCAGAGGGCCCAUUCCUUUUCCACCGUCUCCGAACACCCGUCGUCGUCGGUAGGCGCGAACCCUCCGGGGGAGUUCCGGAUCGUGAUCGACAGGUCGGAUGAUCGGCCACGCUCCGCUGACGGGCCUUCCUCUCAUCCGAACUUGGACGUUUCGAUCCCGCAUUAUGCACUUGAUUCACCGCGAUUCAACCCGCACGGAAGCGCCAUCAUGCGCAGCUCGCUGCACACAGCUGCCGGUCAGAUGGGCUCGUCCAUCUACUCUCAGACCAACCGAGACAGCCUGACCCCCUUGCCGGGAAUGCUCCCGCGCGAUUCUCUACGGCCGGGUCGACCGUCCUUUGCGGCUUCCAUGCUCUCAGGCACCGGGGGUAUCGAUCUAAGCCGAUGUUCCCGCCGCAUCUCUGGAAAGUCGGUCUUUUACACAUUCAAGGCACCGGUCGAGCCGUCCAUCUUUGAGGCCUUGGUGUCCGAAAUGGAUAAUCCUGCCGUCGUCCGAUACAUCCCGGGCACUAAGGAUCUGAGUGCUGCAACACCCGCGCGCAUCGUGGCCCAGAUCUCCUCUGAGUCCUUUAUGGAUUAUGAGCUGGUUUCCGACUUCUUCCUGACCUUUCGAUCGUACCUCUCCCCGCGCGAUCUGCUCAUGCUGCUCCUAGCACGCUUCCAGUGGGCCAUUGGCCGUCUACAGGAAGAUGGAAGGAUCAUCCGUAUUCGAACCUUCGCGGCCCUUAGGCAUUGGAUUUUGAACUACUUCCUCGAUGACUUUGUGCCUAAUGAGGACAUACGCAUCUCUUUUUGUGACACGAUCAAUCGUAUGUACGAGGAGGUCAAGGCACGAGAAGGUGGCGGUCGGAGCGAUCUGAAGAUCUUGGUUGACCUCAAGCGAUGCUGGCAUGGUCGGUGUGUGCUCUACUGGGACGUUUCAGACCUGGAAACCACGCAAUAUCGCCCGGAGGCGGCCAUUGUUCCCGGUGGAAGUGCUCCUCCGGCUGCACAGGGAGGAGCGCGAAGUGCAAAUUGGGUCCUCCAGAGGUUUUCUCAGCACAUCGUCGUCCAAACGGAACCCACCCCUGGCGCGGCUGGUUGUGUCGAUCUAGUUUUGAAUAAUGUCGAGCAGGACCCUGCAGUAGUGGCUCUUCACAACCGCAAGGACUCUUCCGUCACAGCGCAAAGCGUCCCGGUCUCGACGGCAAGUGGCCAGAGUGCCGUGGUAACAUCUUGUUCCUUACCAUCUAAGUCACCCAAGCGGCGCUCGUCUCCUCGUUCUAGCGGUAUGGCGCCACACCCAGUGCCUCUGCUACCGAUUCAUGUGCCUCCCGUGCCCCCGAUGGGCCCCGAACCCCCGGUGAUAUCCCCGACAAUUGCUCGCAAACAUGCACUCUUUGCCCAUGCGCAUAAGCGCAGCGGAAGCUUCUCUGACUCUGUGCGAGAUGACCGCAGUCCUCAAGCGGCGUCCAAUGCGCCAUAUGGCGAUCCCUCCAGCCUCAAGGCUGGGGGUCCACGUAGUCUGAUUCGAGGGCAACUCUUCCCUCCGGCGGAGUCGUACAUGGCGAUGAUGGCUCCUCCUUCGCCGCCUCUGCCGACCUCGGUCAAUAACUCACGUCUCGACCGUCGGAGCACCAUGAACGUCACGACAGCUAAAUCCGGUUUAGGGGGCACCUCUGGCUCCGGCGUCGGGGUGAAGACCAUUAUCGGGUCAAUCCGUCGCGCUUUGCAUCAGCGUACCGGCGGAGGGCAGAGCAUGUCUGCUCGUGCAGUCAACGUCCCAACAGCACCUCCCCCGCCUACGCGUGGUCGAACAUCGGCUUUGCCUGCCAAUGUGGCCUUUGGAUCUGAGCUGUACCGCGGUCGCCGAGCCACCAGUGUGCCUCAAAGGCCACUCCGGAUCGAUACCCUCUGUGACCAGGUUCUGAAACAGUAUCGCCUUGUGACCGGUCAAUUAAGCGGACAGGAAGACCCGGCAGGAGGAGACAACCCCAAUCAUAAUACUCAUUUUGAGCCCAGUCCCAACAGUUUUCCCGAGGCGGCCGACUCCAAGUUUCUUUUAAGUCGCCCUCUCCCCGGUGCCAGGAUCUUGAGUCAGGUAACCGCCGGCAGCCAAUCGAUCGUCAUCGUUGAUGACACGGGGUUGAACACUCCUGUCAUGUCCGGGGCCGUUGUUUGGCCCACAGAAGAAGGCUGGGGAGGGGGGCCUUCGCAGCAGAGUACCGCGUACCCUGGGGAUCCCUCAUUCCCCUCCGGGGCCGCUUCCCUGCGCCCGCCUUCCCAUGUGUCGACAGAGGCAGCAGAUGCAUACACUCUUCCCAUAUACUACGACAGCAAUGGUCACCCCCAGUCUCUGUACCCUCCGGGUGCUUUCUCUGUUUCUUCGAGUCAACGACGCUCGUACUCUGCGGAGCGCGGUAUGUUUGGCCGAAAGCGAACGUCCCUCUCCCUCCGCCUCCGCAAGUAUGCCUCGUUUCAAAGCGGCAUCUCAAGACAUCGCCUCAGUAUGCAGAGCGAAAAAGUGCCUUCGGUGGCUGAAGCGAGCAUCGAGUCUGAUGCCUCGGAGAAGUUGUCGGGUCCUACUCUUCGUCGACGAGCUGGUGGGGAUCUGAGGAGGAUGCACGAUGGAAAGGACUCGGACUCGCAGGCGGGCCGAGAGUCUUACCCAUUCGACCUCUCUCCACGUCACUCCUUUGUCGGCAGCACAGCUACCGGUCCAGAAGAUCGUCUAUCUGUCCGUCAGCCCAGUCUUGUAGCUCUUCCUCCCGCGCCCCGCUAUUCCCUUAUUCGAACCCACUCGUCCCAACACAUGCGGCCAUCAUUCGAGGCUGCGAUUGCACAGUUUGCGCAGAUCCCUGAUGAUGAGGAUGGUGGCAUCGAAUCUGCUUUGCUCAAGCUCGAGGGCAAGUGGAAGCCUUCAAACAGUCCUGCAGCCGAUGACAGUAAGCGGCAGGAGCCAGAACAGUGGCUUGAGCAGCAAGGCUUGAACAGACAGGAUCGUUCUUCGUAUACCGAUAGUCUCCCGACACGUCGGCAGACGUUCAACAACAGCUUGGCCUAUGCGGUAUCUAACGGACGGCUCGCAGCGCCUCGUCCUUAUUCAGACUCAAUCGCCGAGUCUGAAGAAUCAUACAACUCAAUACCUUUGCUUGAACGGGGUUUGAGCGAUGAAUCUAUGAAGAAGCCUGAUGUUAAACAUGUGACUCCGACUUAUGCAGCCCGGUCGCGGCUCAGCGGCCUUUCAAGCCGGGCGACCUCUGACCGGGUAUCUUCCAACCCAUCAUUUGAUGUGGUCAGAGAGACUGAGAGCCUCCGCUGCAUUCCUCGAGGAUCAACCUUGCCCGUGGCUCGAGGUGGAGGGUCUUACCUCGAAGGCAGUGAGAGGUGCCGUUCAGAACUGUCGUCCGACCUCUCGGUCGAUAUCAUUGACCGCCAGGAGGCUCUCGCGACCCGGUUAUCCUUCGAUACGCAGAGUCUCUCCAAUUCUGCACCCGAAAUCCCUCCUCAUCCCCUGGCCCAGCCUCCCUCUCCACCGAUGACCGUUCAGCACCCGCGCUCCUUCUCAUCCUGUGCCAGUCCACUGAACCCAGUUCUCUUUCAAGCGAACCCUCUGACCCCUGACCCGUCCCCCGUGCAUCAUCAUCAUCAUCACCAUCAUGCAGGUGGCCGCAACCUUGGGCGGUCCAUUGAGGUGCAACAGGUUUCUAGCAAUGUCCUUCUAAAUUCUGAACGUGACUGUCGAUACCAGUGCACCCAAGAGAUCUAUGCACCGACGCAUGUGCCUUUUAUUCUGGCCUGCGAGUCGCAGGUGCUGGCGCAACAGCUGACCUUGAUCGAGAAGGACGCCCUGGGCGAAAUUGACUGGCGAGACCUGGUGGACAUGCGUUGGAGCAACAGGUCACCGGUCGUACAGGACUGGGUGCAAUGCUUGAGCGAAGAGGACAGGAGGGGCAUCGAUCUGGUCGUGGGCCGGUUCAACCUCAUGGUCAAAUGGGUGCUCUCGGAAAUCGUCCUCACCCAGGAGAUCCAGGAACGAGCGCGCACCGUCACCAAGUUCAUUCAUACGGCGGUGCACGCGAAGCGGAUGUGCAACUACGCCACGAUGCUGCAGAUCACUAUUGCCCUGUCCUCUACCGAUUGCUCGCGCCUGCGAGAAACCUGGGCACUCGUGUCGGCCGAAGACCGACGGGUCUUCCGGGAUCUGGAGUCCCUCAUCCAACCCGUUCGGAACUUCCAUGACCUGCGAAUGGAAAUGGAGACGGCGAAUCUCCAAGAAGGCUGCAUCCCUUUUGUUGGCCUCUACCUCCACGACCUCACCUACAACGCUCAGAAGCCAGCGCAAAUCGCGAGCACCCGUGACAGCGAUCCCUUGGUCAACUUUGAACGAUAUCGCACCGCGGCCCGGAUCGUCAAGAGCCUUCUCCGGCUCAUCGACGCCAGCACCAAGUACACGUUUGAACCGGUACCGGGCAUCAUCGAGCGCUGUCUAUGGAUUGGCUCCCUCUCGGAGGAACAGAUCCAAGCGCGAAGCAAAGUUCUUGAAUAG